AUGCUGGAGAUUUUGCUCCAGCCAGCUGCCUGCCGUGACCCCGGGGAGCUGGUGAUGGAGGGGUUCGGGGGAGCCCCCAGGUUCCUGGCCUAUCCACGUGCCUUCACGGUCCAAAGUGGCACCAAUGCGGUCCUGAGUUGCCAGAUCAUGGGUGAUCCCCAGCCAAGCAUCCUCUGGGAAAAGGACAAGAAUGCCAUCGAGCCCUCGGGCCGUUUCCAUAUGGAGUCCAAAGGGGACAUGUACAGCCUGCUGGUGUCCUGUGCGACCCCCAAGGACAGUGGACUCUACGUCUGCAGGGCCAAGAAUAGUAUUGGCGAGACUUAUGCUGCCACCAUGCUCAGGGUAGAGCCAGCGGAGCCGCGAGAGGAGGGGGGAUGCUCAGGCAGUGUCGCACCGGCCUUCCUCAUUGCCCCCUCAUCCCUGCGGGUGUGCCGGGGGGAGGACGUGAUGUUCACCUGUAGGGUGUCUGGGCAGCCCUGCCCUGUGCUGGAGUGGGAGAAGGAUGGGCACAAGCUCUCCGAACUCUUUGAGAGCAGCCACUUUGCAGUGGGGCAGAAACCAGAGGACUGGCACUUCCUGAAGCUGUUCAGUGCCCGGCCCCAGGAUGGGGGAGUGUACGUCUGCCGGGCACGCAGCGGCUCCCAGGAGGCCCUGGCUGCUGCCGUGCUCCUGGUUGAGCCCCAGGCACUGCCGGGGGGGCUCCCCAAUGGCUCCCCCGCCGAUGUGCCCGCCAGGGUGCCAGGGGCCAAGGCAUUUGCCGUGAGUGCAGGGAAGCACGCCAAGUUUCGCUGUUAUGUUACUGGCAAGCCCAAGCCAGAGAUCAUCUGGCAGAAAGAUGGUGAGCCCCUCGCCCCUGGCCGCAGGCAUCUCAUCUAUGAGGACCGGGAGGGCUACUUCAUCCUCAAGGUGCUGUACUGCAAACCUCAGGACCAGGGGCUGUACAUGUGCACUGCUUCCAACACUGCUGGCCAGACCCUCAGCGCAGUGCAGCUCCAGGUGAAAGAGCACCGGCUGCGGUUCCAGGUGCAGCUGGCAGACGUGGAGGUAGCAGAGCGGGAGGAUGCAGUGUUGGAGUGCCAGGUGCCAUUGGAGACCAUCCCCACCUCCUGGUACCUGGAGGACAGGGAGCUUCAGCCCAGCCACAAGUAUGUGAUGGAGGAGCAAGGGGUGGUGCGGCGCCUGACCAUCCGCGAUGCCCGCAUUGAUGACGAUGGCAUCUACCUCUGCCAGAUGAAGGACAAAGGACGCAGCAUCGCAGAGGUGUCUGUUCGAGGGGUGAUUGCGAAGCGUCUGCCACGGAAGCUGGAUGUGAUGGAGGGGGAGAAUGCAGUUUUCUGUGUGGAGACACGGGAUGUGGUAGAGGGCAGCUGCUGGAGCCGGGAUGGGCUGCAGCUGCGGGAGUCACCCCGUACUGUGCUCAAGAGCUUCGGCAGGACACACCUCCUGGUGCUGGUGCAUGUCACCCGCCAGGACGCAGGCAUCAUCUCCUUCACUGUUGGAGAGUCACAGACAUCCUCCCAGCUCCGAGUCAAGUGUGUGAAGCAUGACCCUCCAAGCGCACCGGUGGCAGCUGAGAUGAGUGUGGUGGAGACUAACACGGCUCUGCUGACGUGGUGUCCCGCGCCUGACUCCCACCUCCGCCCCGCAAGCCACUACCUGCUGGAGCGUCGGGAGGCAGCAGGGGAGGAGUGGGUGCAGUGCCUUGCCACCGACCUGCCCAGCUGCGUGCGGGUGCUGGGUGACAGCGUGCCCCGCGAGGCCGACUACUGCUUCCGCAUCUCUGCCGCCAACAAGCAUGGCAGGAGCAGCCCUGUGGAGUUCCCUGGAUCUGUGCAUCUUGCCCCAGCAGCUCGUCUGGAGAGGGGUCUGCAGGACGUGUGGGUGAGGGAUGGUGAGGAUGCGCAGUUCUCCCUGGAGCUGUCAGCUGCAGUGCAUGGGUCCUGGUUCCUCAACGGUGCCAGGCUGGCUGAGGAGGAGGAUGUGGGCGGCCGGUGCAGCGUACAGCGCCAUGGGAUGGAGCACUCGCUGCUGAUCCGAGGAGUACGACUGGUUGACAGUGGGGCCCAGGUCACCUUUGUGUCCGGUGGUUUGCGGGACUCAGCAAUCCUGCAUGUGCAAGCCCCACAGGUCCGCAUUGCCCCAGUGCCUGAGGCUGAACGACUCCGAAAAGUGCCAGCAGGGAUGCCUGUGCUGCUGGAAUGCCAGGUGUCCACCCCAGAUGCUCCUGUCUGCUGGCUGAAGGAUGGCAAGGCAGUGCCCCUGGAUGACAUUAUCGCAGUGCAGGCAGAAGGCUGCAUGCGGAGGCUGCUGCUCCGCUCAGCGUGUCCCUCAGACACUGGGGUGUACACCUGUGACACUGGGGACGAUGCCGUGACCUUUGUGGUGACCGUGACCGAGGUGCCGGUGAGGAUCAUCAGCUCCAAUGAGGAAGCCCCCCACACCUACAUGGCCGGACAGCAUGUGGAGCUGUGGUGCCAGCUGUCCCGCCCUGCAGCACCAGUGCACUGGUACAAGGAUGGAGAGGAGGUGGAGGUGGGUGAGAGCCUGGUGCUGGAGCAGGAAGGGCCACGGUGCAAGCUGGUGCUGCCCUGUGCUCAGACACAGGACACAGGGGAGUUCGUCUGUGAUGCUGGUGGGGACUCUGCCUUCUACACCAUCACUGUGGCAGGUCCAGGGAGAGAGGCAGCCGCCAGUCCUUUGAUCAGGGAGCUGGGCGGAUGCAGGCUCAGCGUGCGGCAGGUUAAUCGCUGCAAACCGGCGCCGCACCGCUCCCGCACACUGCGGGGCAGCGCUGCGCUGCUGCGCCUGGGCAUCACAGCUGGGAGCUGUCUGGGAAGCUUCCACCCAGACGCCCAGCAUGGAGCAGCUGUGGGCUGUGAGAAGGAGGAGCCGGUGAGGAUUGUCAGCUCUAACGAGGGGGCCUCCCAUGCCUAUGUGGCUGGACAGCGUGUGGAGCUGUGGUGUCAGCUGUCCCGCCUGGCAGCCCCAGUGCGCUGGUACAAGGACGGGGAGGAGGUGGAGGCAGGUGACAGACUGGUGCUGGAGCAGGAGGGGCUGCAGUGCCGGCUGGUGCUGCCCUGCGCCAAGCCACAGGACACAGGGGAGUUCGUCUGUGACGCUGGUGGGGACUCAGUCUUCUACACAGUCACUGUGGCAGCUUGCAGCUACCAGUACUGCAGGGCUGGGAUAUCCAUGGCCACUGCUGCCAGGGCAGCAGAGGUACCGGUGAGGAUUGUCAGUUCCAACAAGGAGGCCUCUCACUCCUACGUGGUUGGGCAGCGCGUGGAGCUGUGGUGCCAGCUGUCCCGCCCAGUGUCCCCGGUGCGCUGGUACAAGGACGGUGAAGAAGUGGAAGUUGGCGAGAGCCUGGUGCUGGAGCAGGAAGGGCUGCAGUACUGCCUGGUGCUGCCCUGUGCCCGGAUGCAAGACACAGGGGAAUUCGUCUGCAAAGCCAGCGAUGCAUCUGUCUCCUACUCCAUCUUGGUGGCAGAGUUACCAGUGAGGAUCCUGCAGCCUCCACAGCGCUCACUGGAGCUGCUGGUUCAGGCACCAGGGUGUGUGGAACUGCGGUGCGAGCUCUCCGUGCCGGAUGCUCUGGUGCACUGGUUCAAGGAUGGGUUGGAGGUGGACGAGACUGAUAACCUGCUGCUGCUGGUCGAGGGGGCCUGGCGCUGUCUCUUCAUCCCCAAGAGCAGUGCAGAGGAUGCAGGCGAGUACAUCUGUGAGACCAAGGAUGAGGCCGUCUCCUUCGAUGUCAAGGUGUCAGAGCCUCCGGUGAGGAUCCUGCAGCCCUGCAGACCUGUCCCUGUCAUGACGGUGUCCCCGGGGGAGACAGUGACACUGUGCUGUGAGCUGUCCCGUGCGGAUACACCCGUGUGCUGGGCAAAGGAGGGUGUCAGGCUCGAGGCUGGGGGCAGCCUGGUCCUGGAGGAGGAGGGUGUCCAUCGCCGGCUGCUCAUCCCCGCUGCCCAAGCUGAGCACUCUGGAAAGUACACCUGUGACACUGCCAAUGACACAGUGACUUUCACCAUUCAAGUGUUGGGUGAGCAUGAGGAUCCGCUGGUCAGGAUCCUGGAGAAGGAUGUCCUGCCUACCCAGCGGCAUUGCAAGGCCAUGGAGGACCUGGUGCUGGAGGUGCAGCUCUCACACACCCAUGGGGAGGUGAAGUGGUACAAGGAUGGGGAGAAGCUGCAGGACACGGGGCGUGUGCGGCUGGAGGAGAAUGGGGUGCGCCGAUCCCUCGUGAUCCUAGGUGCUACAGGCAAGGACGCUGGGGAGUAUCUCUGUGACACUGGUGAUGACAGUAUUGUCUUCUUCAUCACUGUAGAAGUCCCCAGGGUGGUGGAGAUCAUCAUGGAGCUGCAGAACCUGACAGUGCUGGAGGGGGAGGAAGCCACCUUCAAGUGCCUGGUAUCCCCCGAAGAUGUGGCUGUGACAUGGCAGCUGAAUGGCCAGCCCGUGGUCUCCAGUGAGCGUCUGCUGGUGACAAGGAGUGGGCUGUGCCAUAGCCUCACCCUCCGGCAGUGCCAGACAGGUGAUGCAGGCACUGUGACAGCCAAUGCCGAGGGGCUGGUGAGCACAGCUCGGCUGAGUGUACAAGAGGCACAGGUGCUGUUUGUGCGGAAGCUGCAGGAUGUGGUGGCAGAGGAGCAGGGGGACGUGUGCCUGGAGGUGGAGGUGAGCCACGAGGCUGCUGAGGUGCAGUGGCUGAAGCAGGGCAUCCUCCUUCAGCCGGGCAGCAAGUACCUGCUGCAGGAGUCAGGGUGCCGGCGCACCCUCACCAUCUGCUCUCUUGGCCCUGCUGACCGCGGCACCUACCGCUGUGAGAGCCUGCACGACCGCACGCAGGCCAAGCUCCACGUGGAGCCCCGGAAGGUGUCAAUCCGGACACCACUGGCAGAUGUGGAGACCUUUGAGAAGGAGACAGCCACCUUUCACCUGGAACUGUCUCACCCUGGUGUGACUGGGGUCUGGACACGGGAUGGCAUCCGGGUGAAGCCCAGCAGUACGUGCCGGAUCAGUGCCACAGGCUGCGGGCACAGCCUGACACUGGAGAGGCUUGCACUGGAAGACUCAGGCACCGUCACCUUCACUGCUGACACUCUGCGCUGCAGCGCCCACCUGCAUGUGCGGGAGCCUCCAGUCACCAUGGUGAGAGUCCCACGAGACCUGGGAGUUCCAGAGACAGGGGUUGCCAGCUUUGAGUGUGAGCUGUCUCGCCCCAAUGCAGAGGUGAAAUGGUUCAAGGACGGGCAGGAGCUGCGGCCAGGGCCCAACUGCCGCAUCUACUCAGCGGGACGGCGCCGCAUCCUGCAGCUGAGCCGCUGCGAGCUGACCGACACUGGCAGCUACACCUGCGAUGCAGGUGACUGCCGGGCCUCGGCCAUGCUGCACGUCCAGGAGCGCCAGGUCCACAUUGUGCAGGAGCUGCAGGAUGUCCAGGUCCGGGAGGGUGACAACGCAGUCUUCACCUGCGAGGUGUCACAUGGGGAUGUGAAGGGAGAGUGGUUUCGGGAUGGGGAGAAGAUCAAGGUCUCCAGCACAGUGAAGAUACGGCAAGAAGGGACCCGGCAUUUCCUGCUGUUCUGUGGUGUGCGCCCUGAGGACAAGGGACUCAUCCGCUUCACAGCCAGGACAGUCAUCUCGGAGGCCAGUCUGCAGGUGGAAGCACUGCCAAUCCGGAUUGUGAAGCCACUGCGGGACAAGACGGUGCUGGCGAGACACAAGGCGACACUGGAGUGCACUGUGUCCCACGCCCGGGGCCGGGUGCGCUGGCUCCGUGGGGACACCGAGAUCUUUGCCGGUGACAAGUAUGAGAUCUGCAACCUGGACUGCUACCGCACACUCAUCAUUCACCGUGUGGGCCCUGAGGAUGAGGACUCGUACACCUGCGAUGCCUUCGACGACCGCUCCACUGCCCGGCUCCUUGUGGAGGGGAGCUAG